UAAAUUCUUUAAUUUAUUUUUUAUUUUGGUAAAAAUAUUGGCCCGUAAAACCUAAAACCCUUUUAUUAUCUUGCAUUCAAAUCCCAAAAUCCCUCUCAAAUUUCCCGUUUGAUUAUCUCCCACCUCAUUUUUCCCUCCCAAUCUGCUUGCGUUUGAGUUUUUCUAGCUCACUUCUGUUCCUGGAUCUCUGUUUUUAUGGAACGUUCCGACGAGGAGCAUCGAAUCGCUCCUAUUGGAGAAAGAUCUCUUAGGCAAGAUAACCUGAAAGAGCCGCAACUCUCACCUAAAGGUGGAAGAAUUGCUUCAACAAAUCCUUCUCCAAAUGCAGUAAUUAUUGGACCUUCAAGGGAUGCCAUAGAAAAGACUAUGGAUGCAGGAACAAGUAUUAGCAGUGUUCACCCGUUGAAUGUACAUGCUUCACAUGAACCAAAUGUACAAUAUGGUGGGUAUGGUGGAAGCAGUGCUGGUUCUUGGGAUGCUUAUUCACAAUAUGUAAAUGCUGACAGUUUUCCUGUUGUAUCACCAGUUAUGUACAAUGACAAUCCAUCUAUUGUCUUCCAUUCUGGUUAUGGCUUUAAUCCAGAUAUGGCAUAUGGACAAUAUUCACCGGUUGCUACCCCUAUGCCUUCUGUUAUGUUAGAUGGACAAGUAUAUCCUCCUCAACAAGUCCCAUUCUCCCCAUCAUACUACACACAACAAGCUGCACCAUGUUUACCUCAUGGAUCUUCUGCAGUUCCCGUUUCACCAACAGAGAUGAUAUCACCUGAGAGUAGUACAUUUGACAACAUGCUUUAUGGGCCAGGAACAGGUUUUUUGCUAAAUUUUGGGUCCUUUGGUGGUGGAAAUCUGGGUUCAGGUUCUUUAACAUCUCCGGCAGCUUAUCCACAACCAAUGGGAAUGCUUGGCUCAAAUGAUCAGAAUGUCGGGCAGGUUUCCUUACAACAGGGACAUAUGCAUGGAUUUGGAUUGGUUUCAAAUGCCUUUGAUGCUCGGUACCCAUUAAGCAAUUCUUAUCAGGGUUCUAACUUCGGCGGUGCAUCAAUUUCUUAUCCAGUUGUAAGUGACCGAAGCCGACCUGUCCUUGGGAAGGACAGAGGAAGAGACAGGGACCGGGACUCAAUUUCAGUUUUUAAUGAUCCGUACGGUAUCUUUAGUGACCGUAAUCGGGGGCCAAGAGCUUUGAAGGUCAAGGGAAAAGGGGAACUAAGUGCUGCAUCUGGUGCAAGCAAAAACGAUUUAUCAACUUCAUUAAUUAGUCCUGAUUCCUACAAUCGACCAAACUUUGCUACAGAUUAUGAGACUGCCAAGUUUUUCGUUAUUAAGUCAUUUAGUGAAGAUAAUGUUCACAGAAGUAUCAAGUACAAAGUUUGGGCUAGUACUCCACAUGGUAACAAGAAACUGGAUGCUGCUUACCGUGAGGCAAAAGAGAUGCAAGGAAAUUGUCCAGUUUUUCUCUUUUUCUCCGUUAAUGCCAGUGGUCAAUUUUGUGGUGUAGCUGAAAUGGCUGGACCUGUUGACUUUGAGGAAAAUGUAGAUUACUGGCAGCAAGAUAGGUGGAGUGGACAAUUUCCUGUUAAGUGGCAUAUCAUCAAAGAUGUUCCUAAUAUUAGAUUUCGGCAUGUUUUACUUGAAAAUAAUGACAGCAAACCUGUUACACACAGCAGGGAUUCUCAGGAGGUGCCGCUGAAACAAGGUAUUGAGAUGUUGAAAAUUUUCAAGGACCAUGAUCCACGAACAUCUAUUAUAGAUGAUUUUGAUUUCUAUGAUGAGCGGGAGAGGAUUUUGAAAGAAAGGAAAACAAGACAACAGCUAUUUGCAACUGCAAAUUCUCUAAAUCCACUAGGUGAUGGUUCCAUUAACCCAAUUUCUGAUCAGUUUGCUCAUGCCUUACGACUCGAUGAUAAUAAGAAAGAAAAACCAGAAAUGGAAAAGGGUGCAACAUCUAGAAUAGAUGCCUCAGUUUCGCUUGAUGAUUCGGUAAAAUAAAGUUCUGAGACUUAUUUCAGUCAUGCAGCUGAGAGACAGACUAAGUAUUAAGGGAGUCCAAGCAUUUAAAGGUGGAUACGGCUAGCAGAAUUGUGUUUUUUUCCGUAUGAUUGGACUCCUUUGAUUCCUUGAGCCUUAGAUGAACGAG